UUGUUAGUGGAUGAACUAAAAAAAGUAAAGCAGAAGAAUACUCUACAAAAGGAUCGAUUGAAAGAAGCAAUUCGAAAAAUCGAUAAUCAAGAAAAGACGCAAGCGGAUGUGGAUCGUCGUAAAGCAGUGAUUCGUGAAAUUCGUCAUGAAAACAAUGAACGCAUGCGUCAAGGACUUCCACCAAUUUUCAAGACAAGAGUUUCUUCGCUCUGUAUGUUUUAA